AUGGCAAAACGAAAGAAAAAUAGAACUCAUCGACUUAAAUCCAACACAACUCCAUCAAACCAACAACCUUCACCUAAAUCAUUCAUUAUCAAAUCAACACCUGCUCAUCAUACAUCUUCCAAUAAGAAUGGAAUUAAAUCAGAUUCAUAUAAUUCAACUAGUCUAAACUUAUUAGUUAAAGAUUUUAGAAAAGUUAUGGAACCUAAUACUGCAAGUAAUCUAAAGGAAAGAAAAUCGAAUCGAUUCAAAGAUUUCUUAGCUAUGGCAGGACCACUUGGAGUAACCCAUAUGAUAGUCUUUUCCCAAUCAUUAACCAGAUCUAAAUCAAUUCAUCAAGACCAUCUUAAAGAAGAAGAAAUCAUGUCAUCUAUCAAUCUAAAGAUUUAUAAAGUGCCUAGAGGUCCUACCCUAAGUUUUAAAGUUUUAAGGUAUAGUUUAAUGAUUGAUAUCUUAAAUGCUGAUAAAUCUCCUCGUAGUCCUGGUCAAGAAUUUAAAACUGAACCUUUGUUAAUUAUGAAUAAUUUUAAUCCAACACCUACAACAACACCAGAUGAAGCCAAUCAAUUAAAUUUACUAACCACCACUUUUCGAAAUCUGUUUCCCCAAAUCAAGAUCCAAGAAAUCCAAUUGAUCCAAACCCGAAGGAUCGUACUAUUAUCAUACAAUCCGAUGACGAAAACGAUUGAUUUUAGACAUUAUCUUAUCACAGUCAAACCGAUUGGAGUCAGUAAAUCCAUACGAAAGUUAAUCGAAGGAUUCACAUCGGCUCAAUCUGAACUUGAAACUUCAUCGAUGAAGGAUGAUGUAGAUACAGAUUUGGAUGGGAUGAGUAGUGGUGCAGAGGAUGAAAGUGAGAAUGAGAUUCAUGAAAAUAAAAUCGAAUUACCUCAACAUUAUUUAGGUAAAGGAAACUUGAAGAAUUCGAAAAAGUCUAUUAAACUUAAAGAGUUAGGACCUAGACUUGAGUUAGGUUUGGUGAAGAUCGAACAAGGUUUAGGAAAUGGUGAUGUAUUAUUUCAUGAAUUCAGUUGA